UUUUUGUAUUCUGUUAUUGAUAUAACACAAAAGAAGAAAUGAUAUUUUAUUGAACAUGUCAGUUUUUGGCAGAGCCUGCAGAUAGCGUUGCCUCCAAAAUACAUCGAGUGUCAAAGGUUUAAUAAUUAAGAGGUUUAGAGAAGGUUUCAAUACACAUUACUACAUUCAUUUAUGAGUGGUAUAGCUCUUAAACUUACAUCACUACUUGUACGGACGGUGGCAAAGCCGAUUGCCACCACACUUAAAGCACAGGCGAAAGACCAUGAUCUUUUCAAGAAUGCCUGUAUUCGGAUUGCUCAAACAGUUCAUCUGACCGAUCUUCGACUUCGAAUGAAACUAUUAGGAGAAUCAAAAAUUAAAAUUAGACCAUUAAAUGAUAAAAAGGCUAUUGAAAAUGGUGCCAAUUUAUUAUCUGAAUUUUUCAUAUUCAGUGUUGCAGGGUCAUUAAUUCUCUAUGAAAGUUAUCGGUCAAGAAAGAAGGCUGCUAAUGAAAGAGAUGCAGUCGCUGACGAUAUUUCAACAUUACAGGAUGAAAUAGAAUAUAUAAAGAAUAAGUUGAGAGAGUAUAAUUUGAAAUUAGAUGAUUAUCAACCGCCAGCAGGAAUGAAUCCAAAAUAUAUUAAAUUGGAUAAAAGAAGUGACACGAAAAGUCAAGAAGAUGGGAAGAAACAAGUGUCCUCUUCCACACCCACCAACAGUGAAGAUUCAAAAGUAGUAGCCACUUCCGAGGCUACUGUUGCGGCUGCUACUGUUGCUUAAAUUGUACAUAGUAAAACAAGAAAGUAGAAUGGCGCAAUCAAAGGGGGAGAAAGGUUAUUUAUUCAUAUUUUAAACCAUAGACAAGGAAUAAUAUUAGACAAGAA